ACUAAAAGUAGAACGAUGUACUUCUGCGACAGCGCCCUCAUGUGGUGACAUGUGACAUUGCCGCUGUUUGCGGUUGCUGGGAGAUUCGAGUUUUCUUGAACACAACACAAGUUUGUUGAGCUUCCAACUUUCUGCUCCUUCCGUCUGGAGAAGUUAUGGAAAGUUCUAGUGAGUUGCAGUCUAAAGAGCGCGAGCGGCUGAAGAUGAGAAUGGUCGUCCUGGAGGAGCGCGUGCGGGCCAUGGAGGCGGAGUCUAGAGGCGACCAAGAGGCGGUCCUAAGGCUGGCGUCCGAGCUGGACCGGGAGAGGAAGAAGUCCACCAGCAGCUCGGCGGCUGUACAAGAACUCAAAGCGGACCUGGACGGACUGGUGCUGGUGCGGCUGGAAAACGAAGACCUGGUCCAGAGACUGCAGGCCAGCAGGAGAGUGACGGAGGCCAGCAGGCGGGAGUCUGGCUGUCUGGAGGAGCAGGUGCAAGACCUGGAGGGGCAGGUGCAAGACCUGGAGGGGCAGGUGCAAGACCUGGAGGGGCAGGUGCAAGACCUGGAGAAGAAGCUGCAGAGCAGUCAGAGACACGCCCGGGAGGCCCAGGACCAAGUCCUGCAGGUCCUCCGUAAAGUCUCCUCUCUCAUCCCGGACCAGACACCAGUCCCAGUCCACGGCCAAGACCAGGAGGCGUCGCCGACCCUGGACCAACUCUGCAGUCGGGUGGAGGCUCACCUGGGCGACGUGUGUCAGCAGCUGAGCGAGGAGAAGCAGCGAGGUCAAAGCGUCCAGCAGAGAGCCGAGCAGCAAGUGUCAGACCUGAGGCAGAGACUUGAGGCCGUGGAGGCGGAGCUCCUGGCGGCGGACGAGCAUCAUCACGCCAUGCGGCUGGACCUUCAGCACCAUGAAGACUUCUUGGAGCGGCUGACAGACGCCAUGAAGGUGGACGCCAUGGCGGCCGACGUGGGCCCCGACAUGAGGCUGCCGCUCAUCCUGUCCCGGGCGGAGCAGCUGGUCAGAAGCGAAGGCGACGCUGUGAUGGAGAGCAAGCGUCUGACCUUUAACCUCCAACGCAAGCUGAAGACCCAGAAGGAGCAGCUGGAGAGCAAAGGUCUUCACAUCCAGAUGUUGAGGAAGAAGCUGGAGGAGGACAAAAGGAGCAAGUCGGUGCUGGAGGACGUCCAUGCCGAGUCCGCACGCCUGCAGAAGAAAGUGGAGCGUCUCCAGGGCGAGCUGAGGGCCUCCAGGCAGUCACACGGCCUGCUGAAGAGCCGCCUCUCCGCCGCCGACCUCAAGGUAGAAGGCCGGCGUCUUCACGCCAGCAGUCUUCACGCCAGCAGUCCAUCACGUCUUCACGCCAGCAGUCCAUCACGUCUUCACGCCAGCAGUCCAUCACGUCUUCACGCCAGCAGUCUUCACGCCAGCAGUCUUCACGCCAGCAGUCUUCACGCCAGCAGUCCAUCACGUCUUCACGCCAGCAGUCCAUCACGUCUUCACGCCAGCAGUCUUCACGCCAGCAGUCUUCACGCCAGCAGUCUUCACGCCAGCAGUCCAUCCCGUCUUCACGCCAGCAGUCCAUCACGUCUUCACGCCAGCAGUCCAUCAUUGUGUGUGUUUGACAAGCUGAGGCUGGAGGAACAGAGCCAGGUCGUGCAGGAGCAGAAGAAGAAGCUGAGACAGCUCCGGAAGGGCAAAGGUCACGCCGAGAAGCUGGUCGACACCUUGACCUCUGACCUGCAGAGUCAGGAGAAGCAGAGCAGGGACGACCGAGAGCGACUCAGCAGUCUGACGAGCAGCCUGGCUCAGCUCUCCGCCUCUGAGAGAGAGCUGACGGACUUCCGCAUGGUGGUUUCCCGCUUGCUGGGCUUAAACGCCUCGUCAUCCUCCGCCCUCCCCAACCAUGAAAUCAUCCGCCUGCUGGAGGACCUCCUCCACUCCCAUCAUCACCAUGGAAACGCACCUUGGCUGUGCGCGGCCCACCGCGGCGCUCAUCUCUCCUACUCACAUGCUAGCGGCGGCCAGGGGGAGUGAAUAAGUGCUUAUUAUUUUGGUCAUGAAUGAAAUAAACACG